AUGUCUCAGUCAAUUCUCGCCAUUGAGCGCGACGCCGCAUCUCGGUCAACCAAGGCCGUGCCGAAUCUCCUGCCCUGUCGCAUCCACCACAACGGCUCUGUCGACCCCGUAGCCUCAUAUUGGAACCCAGAGCGUGCCGAGGGCUCGGCCAGUGUGGCUUACUUUCGCGGGAGGAAACUCAAGGGAACGGCCGUGUCCGUCCCCAACGACUUCGAGGGCGUGGUUGUCGAGCGGAAGCAGCUUCAAGACAAAGCCGCACCGUCAGAUCCUCAAGUCCAAGGACACAACGUCGAGGAUGCCGACGCCGAUGUCACCGACGAAGGGGUCAUGCGCGUCACUGCGGAAUUCGAUGAGGUAGCCGUGUGGUCACACGAGGUUGCCGUCGAUUCCGAGUCCGACCCUUACAUCAGGAGCAUCGAGGAAUGGCUACACGUGUCCGAACAGAUACAUUCCCACUCCGACAACGAGCCGUCCGCCAGGAAAUAA